AGGAAGUGAACGCGCACUCAUUUCCGCUGCAGCAGCUUCAACGGUCACGUCAAAAAAUAAAAGGAAAAUGUGGACGGAAAGGACGGACUAAAAGCUGGGGAGAGAUCAUCCAGACCGACCCGCCAGCUGCUUUCUCUUCCGUAAGAAGUCGUUACCAAGCAACUGCUUGUAUUCGAGACUUCGGUCGGAACAUUUAACGUGUUUUUAAGGGUCGUUUUGAGGUGAACGCGUCCCCUUCUUGUGUGCUGAAUUAGCCAGCGUUUAGCCAGCCCGCUGCUAGUGAUGGGGACGAGAACGAGUCGCCUUCAGGACCCAGAUCCCUCUCCCUUCGUAAAAGAUGGCUCAAAGCGGGAUUCCUAUCGACGACCCCGGUGUACCAGGCCCACCAGCCUCGUCGUCGACUUCUCGGUGAGCUUCGAGGAAACGGAGGCCAACAGGAGCCGAUCUGAGGAAGGGAGCGACUCGGACUUGGGGCAGCAUGGAGGGGCGAGCGCCGACGGCAGCCCCGCCGACCACCGCAGCAUACCGUCCGGCAUUAGCCAGGCGUCUCCGGGUGACGACAACAACAGCGAGGGGAAACCCGAGGAGGACGGCGGCGUGAGCCCGGGGGCCCCCGCCGACGCGGAACGCCAAGCCGGGGAGGAAACAGGCCGCACGCCACAUCGCACUUUUUCAGAGAGGCUCCCCGGGAAUCGGCACUCUUCCGCCCGCAGCGUCGGAGCCAGGUCCGCCCGCGUUCGUGGCACACACCAGCGGCCGGUGUCGGAGGCUUGGAUCGGCCUUUACCGUGUUAACAACCGACAUGGCAGUAUUCGCUGCCCUUUCUGCUCGAAGCCUUUCCCAGGUGGUCGGAUCGAGGAUCACCUGUUGAGCUGCCUCACGUCUCCUCCGCUACCUUACAACACGGACGUGCUGAGCAAAGACAGCGGGGAAUGCUCGAUCUGUCUGGAGGACCUGGUGCAGGGGGAGACCAUUGCCAGGCUGGCCUGCCUCUGCGUCUACCACAAAAGCUGCAUCGACUCCUGGUCCAAGGUGAAGCCCUGCUGCCCCGAACAUCCCUUCGAUUGACUCGCAGGUCAGGCGCUUCCAGCCCAGCGACCAGAUCGACUCAGGAGAUUACACCGGAUCCCAACAAAACCACAAUAAGAAUCAAGAAUUGAACGAGCAAAAUUCAUAUUUCCGUUUCCGAUGUAAAAGGUCAGCGGGAUCUUCCUCUAUCGAUUUAAACUCGACCUGCCAAACGCCGACGUUGAAACCAGCUGCUCCAUCUAAUAACAGAGAUGUCUGUCUGUGAGUGUGUGUGUGUUUGUGUGUGUGUGGACUCGUAUCACCGGGGGUCAUUUAAAUAUUAUUAUCCAAGAAAACCAGAUGGAGUUUCAGUGACCGGCGCCUCUCCUGUGCGUUUCUGUCUCUGAAUCUUAUCAACUAUUUUUGCAAAAAACAAAACAAACAAAAACAAAGUAUUGUUGCAAGUCCUACAUCGGAUGAAUGUUUCCUCUUCUCUGCUUUUCCCCCCAAAUUAACCAAAUCUUCAGCUGUUACGUUUAUUUCUGCUCUGACACGAUGAGGACCUGUUUUUGGUGGAAAGGGGGGCUGCUGCUACUCUUUCUCUCUGUUUUUUGUUAUUAUUUUUCUUGCUUUCUGUUACCUUUAAACAUUUCAGGGGAAGUUUUGGGCCUUUGUGUUUUGUUUCUUUUAAAGUCGGCCAGUUUUGUCUCCUUGUUGCCGUGGGGAUUGUUCAGGAAGAUUUCGACAGUAGCACCGCGUUGGCGCCAGCUGGAGCAUUUUUCUGUUAUUUCUCAUACGAUCUGGGAUGACAGUGAGCGACGGCGGGGUGAAUUUGUCCUGUGUUUGUUUGUAUAUACAUUAAAGUGUGUUUGUGUUUGUUGUAAACUUCGCAGAUGUCUGGUUGGUUGGUACUUUCUAUGAAUGCCGUUUCUUUUUUUCUUUUUUUUUUCUCGCCAACGCCGGAUCGCGCUGGGACAAGUAGACAGAUUUUUGGGGGCAUGUUUACGCCAUGUGGCAUCUGCCUCCUCUUCACAGCACUGGGGGCUAUGGACAGCUUAUGGUUAAUAAUUACAUAAGCAGCAGGCACCCUCUUGCUUUUCCACCCUGCCUUUUUAUUUUGAGCAUUUUUAGCUGACAUAUUGUCGUGAUUAUUGCUAAAUGUGUUAAGUGGCUUUCCUUUGCCUUUUUUGUGCUGAUUUGCCUUUUUUGGGCUCUUAAAUUGAGCCAGCAGAACAAACAACUUGAUUUCUUUUUAUCUGUUUCAUGGAUUUUCAACCCAGACGGUUCAGUUUUAGAGCAAAGGUGUUCAAAGUAGGGUUCGGGGGCCACUUGCGGCUCCUGGAUUGAUUAUGUGUAGCCCUCGGACCAAAAUUUGAGAAUUAUAAUCUAUUACUUUUAAAUAAAAAUCUACUUACAAAAAUGUUACACUGCAAAAAAA